UGCCAACCUUCUCGUGAAUAGAAAAUCGUAUAACCCUAAAAACCCAACAAUUUAUAAACCUUAAAGCUUGGUUUCAUCAAUCAACCAGUUAGAUAUGAUAGGUUUUCACCUUAAUCUGAUCAAGCUAACAAGCUCAAGUCCACUAUAUAAAGCAUAGGUUGAGGCAGCACAGCAUGCACAAUACACACGGCAUAACUUUCUCAAUAUCUAGGUCAUGGCUUCUCUGACCAUGCCAACUCUCUCCUCCAACCUUGCCUAUUCCUCCUCUAUAGCACAUUUCAUCUCACUUGCAAAACCCACUCACCCAAAUCGCAAAACAGGCCCAAAACUUACAUGCAAUUCCACAAAAGGUGACCAAAACUCCAGUGAUCAUGACACUGCAGGCUCCAAAAAUGGAGAAACUUCUUUACUGAAGCUUGAUAGAAGAAAUGUGCUACUUGGCAUUGGAGGAGGGCUCUAUGGUGCCUCCACUUUUGGUGGCAAUCCAUCAGCCUUUGCAGCACCACUAUCUCCAACAUUCACAGCCUGUCACGAUUCCACUGACCCCGACAACAAAGAAAUCGACUGUUGUCCACCCUCGGCCACGGCCGCGGAUAUCACUGAUUUUGUUCCUACUGCUCCUUCUGUCAUCGCCACUAGACCUGCGGCGCAACUAGUCGACUCGACUUAUUUGAAAAAGUACAAGACGGCCAUAGAGAAAAUGAGGAAUCUAAGUUCGGAUGAUCCACGUAGUUUCACUGCACAAGCAAAUGUGCAUUGUGCAUAUUGUAACGGUGGAUACUAUCAAGAUGGCUAUGCAGAUUCUAAACUUCUAUUGGAUGUUCACAACUCAUGGCUCUUCUUUCCCUUUCACAGAUGGUACUUGUAUUUCUUCGAGAAGAUAUGCCAAAACAUGGUCGAUGACGAUACUUUUGCACUUCCCUUUUGGAACUGGGAUAAUCCACCUGGGAUGUUUCUGCCAGCCAUUUUCAAAGACUCCUCAUCCUCACUCUAUGAUAGCUUACGCAAUCCCUCUCACCUAAAUACAGUUCUUGAUCUGUCCUAUGAAGGCACUGAUUCAACGGAUAGUACCAUAACAGUGAUAAGAAACAAUCUCUACCUCAUGUACAAGCAAAUGGUUACUCAGUCCACAACUCCAUUGAGUUUCUUCGGAAAAGCGUUUCGUGCUGGUGAAACAUCUGAUCCAGGAGAGGGUUCAAUUGAAACUAGUCCUCAUACGAAUGUGCACCGUUGGACCGGCGACCCUAAUGAAUCUCAUGGCGAGAACAUGGGCUCCUUCUACUCAGCGGGAAGAGACCCAGUCUUUUAUAGUCAUCAUGCCAACGUUGAUAGAAUGUGGUCUCUUUGGAACUCUUUAGGAGGCCAGAACUUCACUGAUUCAGACUGGUUAAACUCCAGUUUCUAUUUCUACAACGAACAGGCAAAGCCUGUAAAGGUUUACGUGAAAGACUGUUUGGACACCUCAGUUCUUGGAUACACUUAUCAAACUGUGGAUAUCCCCUGGCUGAAUAGUAAGCCAAGCCCGCGUAGGACGGCUAUCGCAUUACCAACAGCUCCUACUCCAAGUCAAGUGUUUCCAACGACCCUGGAGAAAGCUAUAACUGUUCUGGUGAAAAGGCCAAAGAAGAAGAGGACCAAGAAGGAGAAGCAGAGGGCAGAGGAAGUUCUGGAGAUAUCUGGGAUCCAGUACAAUAUUGGAGAGUUUGUCAAGUUUGAUGUGUACAUCAAUGAAGAUACUCCGGACGAGAGCGGGCCGGAGAAGACUGAGCUUGUGGGGAGCUUCAUCAACGUGCCUCAUGGACAUUCCAUGAUUUCUACUACUACUAAGAGUUUUGCUAUAUCUGAAGUUUUGCAGGAAUUGGGAGCUGAUGAGUUUGAGAGCGUCUUGGUUACUUUGGUCCCCAAGAGUAGCACUGUUACCAUCUCCGGAGUCAAGAUCAAGUUUGAUAACACCAAGGUGUCUGCUUGUUCUGGACACAGAGAAAACAUCCUCCAACUUUAGAAUGGAUGAGGAAUUGAGAGAAUUUGAGGAGGACAGACGAUCACGAAAAUGUGUUGGUGACUUUGGUCCAAAGAGAGGUGCUGUGACCAUAAUACAGAGUCUCAUACUAAAAUAGAAAACCAUCUGCUGUUACAUUUUACAGCAUAUUGGAAAUGGAAAGAAAGUUGCAAGAAAUUUUGAACCUCGACAGAAAAUUCGAAAGAAAAGAAAGAACCAAAAAUCCGAAUUUAAGAGCAAGGUGAGUUUCAAUAGCACCAACGGUUACAGCACCACUCUCUAGUUUCUGCACCAAAGACACCAACACACUUUGAUAAUCUUCAAAUGAAUCAUUCUCAUCCUUUCUCCUUUCGAAAAGAUACUUGUUCUUCCCUAAGAGCCCGCAUUCGAAUUAGCACUAAUCGGUACAAACUUGGCAUGUCCGUAUAAUUAAGU